AGGACGUGUUUCUGUUCGCAUUGUGAUUGUGACAAUUGGCCAAAGAAAUGACAUCGUCUGACCUACCACCUCAGUUUAGUGCGAAGGCCAAUGUUUUUAUUAUUGUUAAUUUGGGCUGUGAGAUGCUCUAUGUAAUUGAUCAACGAUUGAAAGCACAAAAAAUCGCCGCCGAUAAGUCUAAACAAGUUUUACACGAUGUAACCUCAGUGCUGCUGGAACCAAAAUUCAUUGAAUCUCUGAUAGUGGGCUCAUCAUCUGAAGGCGGUCAACUUUUGGCCGAGGAACAUUGCAAAUUCAUGCUCAAAGACAUUGCCACCUGCUCAUUGAUGCGUCUCGACGAGGUGUCUAUGGAUAAAUUAUGGAAUCUUAUGACAAUGAUUUACAAAUGGCAGCUAUUCCACACGAAAUAUCAAUACCAGCUUAUGGAUAUAACUUUUCGUCAUUUGGCCUCAAUUGCUCAAUUAUAUCCCGAGGAGAAAUAUGCUCUGCUAAUUGACUAUACCAAGAAUACCCUAUUGGAUUUUUGGAAUUCAUGUACAGAUGAUGAACAGAAUCGCAUAUAUGCCACCAAUAUAUGGUGGUUGGAUGGUUUCAGCAUUAAAAUUUCCCUAUUGAUACGUUUGGGGUUUCAGGCUAUGGAUGGAACAUUUUUUGCCCAGGUCGAUGAAACAUAUUUCAAUGAUUUUCGUGAUUGUAUAGGGGAAAAUAUUUAUACGAAAAGUGCCGAAAUAGCUCAAACAAGGAGACAAGAAUUGGCGGCUACCACAGGCGUUAGCAAUUCGGCAAAUUGUGUUAAUCAAUUGGCAGAUAUGUUGAAUUAUUCACCAGCUACAGCUGCAGCUACGGCGGCAGUGGCCGGCACAGAUGCGGAAGAUUUUAAACCCUUAAACUUUCAGGAUUUUCAAAAGCAAUUUGAAAAAAAUUUACAGCAGUGUAAUAUACUCUUCGAGGAUUUGGAUGUUAAUGUGGUGCAUAAAAGCGGUGCAGCCAAUUCAUCAACCAGUUUGGAAAGUGAUGCCGCAGGAGGUUUUGUACACUUGAAUGCCACCUACAAUCGUCAGAGUUUGGAAGGUAUGGCGGCCGCUGCUACGCCUGAUACCCAGCUGGCGGCAAACAACAGCAGCGAUAAUCAGCCAACAUCGAAUGUAAUCAAUAGACAGCUAUUGGAUUUGUAUAGCAAAUUGAACUAGUCUGAAAUGUUAAAACAAUCAACAACAAUAACAAGAAUCUUUUGUUUGUUAAACUAUUAAAAUAUGUAUGUUUCAAGAUUUA